UCCGGGUGUGCACACUGCUUUGCGGUCCUGAGUUUGUACGGAUUUUCAAUACACACAAUGAAGGUUGCCACCUGGAAUAUAAAUGGUAUACGGACAUUCAGAUGUCAGAUGAAAAAGACACUCGAUGCAUUGGACGCUGAUAUUAUAUGUGUCCAGGAGACCAAAGUGACAAGAGACCUGCUGGAUGAAAGAACUGCCAUCGUCGAUGGUUACAACUCCUAUUUCAGUUUCAGUCGGGGACGCAGCGGCUACUCAGGGGUUGCCACUUACUGCAAAGACAGUGCUACUCCGUUUGCUGCUGAGGAGGGGCUCACCGGUCUGUUGACCAAUCAUGAGGGGGCUAUUGGUUGCUACGGUAAUCACUCAGAGUUUACUGAUGAGGAUCUGCAGCUUUUAGACAAGGAAGGACGAGCUGUCAUCACACAACACAGAGUCCGGUGUUCGGACAACAUACAGUACAGCACGGUUACGGUUAUAAACGUUUACUGUCCCCGUGCUGACCCUGAAAAGCCAGAGCGGAAACAGUUCAAACUGCAUUUCUACCAGCUGCUUCAGAGCCGAGCCGAGGCUAUACUGAAAAAGGGAAGCCAUGUCAUUGUUUUAGGGGAUGUAAAUACGUCUCAUCGUCCAAUUGACCACUGUGACCCCAAUGAAAUUGAUGACUUUGAGGACAACCCUGGUAGAAAGUGGCUUAACAGCUUUUUAAGGGAUGAAAAAGCAUCUGAAUCAACAGAUUUCCUCCAUGGUGGACAGUUUGUUGACACCUUUCGCUAUUUCCACCCGACACGCACGGGUGCCUUCACAUGCUGGUCCACUCUCACGGGGGCACGUCAGACCAACUACGGCACACGCAUUGACUACAUCUUCGCGGAUUAUCAGCUCGCAAAGGAGCAGUUUACAGAAGCCGACAUCAUGCCGGAGGUGGAGGGCUCGGACCACUGUCCCGUAUGGGGGGCACUCAGGUGCUCUCUGCUGCCCAGCUCCAAGCCUCCCCCUCUUUCUACCUGCUACCUGCCAGAGUUUGCAGGCAAGCAGCAGAAACUCUCACGCUUUCUUGUUAAAGUGGACCAAAAGUCAAGGGAUGCAUUACCUGGAUCUCAAGAAGAAGGGGAAAGAAGGGAGAACAUAAAUACACCUGCAGCGGGGAAUGUCUCUGCUACAAAACGAAUAAUGAGCAUAGAAUCUGCUGUGCCAAAGACCAAAAAGGCCAAAACAGUUAAGGCUUCCUCAAAGCCACAGGGCGAUCUUCUUGCCUUUUUUAAACCCAAAAAUGAAAAACAGCUUGGCCUGAGUGAAGUUCGCUCCCCACAAAGUUCCCUCAAAGCGCCACCAAUUGGGGAUGGCCUAUUCAAACCUGACUGCUCUGAGCUGGUGCAUCAUGUUUUGCCACAGAUGGACAACACCAGCGCCACGCAAGACAAGCAGGAGAAGACGCAAGCUGAAGACUUUGGCACACAGACAACAAACCCACAUGGCAGCAAAGGAGCAUCGUUACUGUUUUGGAAGUCUGUCCUUCACGGGCCGCCCCCGCCACCCGCUUGCAAGGUUCAUGGCGAGCCCUGUGUGCUGCGUACUGUUAAGAAGGACGGGCCGAACAUGGGCCGACAGUUCUUUGUGUGCGCCCGCCCUCAAGGGCACGCUGCCAACCCAGAGGCUCGGUGUAAUUUCUUUGCGUGGGUUGACAGGAGGAAAUGACAUGUUAAAUGAAAAAGACUCCACUUCAAAUGGCCCAACAUUUAUGUUGUUUGAGCUGUUUCCCUUUUUUUAAUCUGAAUAAAAUGGUGUUUUAUUCUACUUUAGUUUUCCUUAGAUUUAUGUAAAGUCAUUUGCAAUAGUUUAGCAACUUCUUGAGAAUGUGGCUUGUCUUCAUUGUCAAGCGCAGGCUAACAAAAAUCUUAGGAUCCCACGAUGCAGGGUGAGCAGGUGCAUAAGGUGCGUGACUUUAUUACAACAGAUCCUCAGGGAGAAAAGGUAGCACAAUGUGGCUACGACCAAAAGGGUGUAGAGCAAGGCAAAGGAGUAACAAAAAGUCACUGUGGCGUACGGCCGACAGGAAAAACACUAACCUUAGUGCAGGGAAAGAAAAACAACUAGUUAUCGCCGGGAUGGCACGGCAGCAAGAAAAAUAGGUUAGCACAAGUCACAAUCAGAGAACAUAGAACUUGGAGGAUAGGCUUGGUUGUAGGCAAGAGGCGACGACAAUCAGGCACCGGGCCGCAGCCAUCCAGCGGCAUAAGAAUGGGAGCAGGUGAUUAGUGGCAGGUGUACUGAUGGGAUUCCAGCUCCGCCUCAACAAGUACUACAGAAAGAAGACAACAGGCGGGAGCAGAGCGACAAGAAUCAUAACAUUUAUUUCAGAUCAAAGCAUUUUAUUGAUACUCUCACUGCCCACUUUUUAAGGUACACCCAUUAGCCAGCCCUACCCAGUGUGGCGCCCUUGGCGAGAUUUUAUACGCACCCCCCUCCAUGGAUAAUUUACAUAUGCUUACAAAAGAAAUGGAAUGGCACUGUUGUUACCGUUGUCUUUAAUUUGUAAGAUAAUGUAAAGCACCCAAUUUACAUGCUUCACAAAUUCCACUCACCAAAAGUAUAUAAACGUAACACUUUUUUUUUGCUCCCAUUUUUGAUGAGCUGAAC